AAAUGGCGGUCGUGGACAGGGUGGACUGUAAACAUUUCCACGGUUAUAACUGUUGGUUCACGUUCCGUGCUGAGAGGAAAUUCACAACCAAAGAGACGUAAACGAGGCAAACGUUGAAGCCAUCAUGGAGAACGAUGAUGGAGAAAAGGACACUGAGUCUGAAGUGGCCGAGCUUCGUCUCAAAGUAGAUACCUUGAAGCAAGAGCUCAAAGAGUGCAGAGCCGAGCUGAUCAAGGUGCAGAAGCAGCUGCACCAGUCCGAGAGACUACAGAGGAGCACAGAGAGCUACAACGAAGACCUGAGGAAACAGGUUGACCAGCUGAGUGCAGAGAUUCAUGAAAGGAAGAAGAAAGGUAAAGACAGAGUCAACGUUGAGACCCAGACAGAAGAACACGUAUGGACAGAAACUGAUUAUUACAACUACUACUACGGAGGCUGCUAUCAGAACCCCGAGGGAGCUGACACUCAGGAAAGCUCGAUCACAGCGGAUGCAGCUGAUGGCAACGAGACAACAGCUGAUGGCAACGAGGCAACAGAGGUUACAACACCGAACGAAGCAGCAGCUGCAGAUGUGUCAGGUCAACCUGACAGCACUGUAGCAGUCCCCACUGAGGAGGGCGAUGGAGGUUCCAUAGCUGACAUGUUGAGGGCCACUGCUGAGCAGGCUAUGACCCAGACUGGCUUUGUCUUUGAUGAGACAAGUGGCAUGUACUACGACCACAGCACGGGCUUCUAUUACGACUCGGCCAGUCAGCUUUAUUAUGAUGCCAACACAGGCAUUUACUACUACUAUGAUGCAGAGAGCGGACGAUACCAGUUCCAUUCCAAGAUUGAGCUCCCUGCUGCACAAACUGGUACAGAGCCUUGCCAAGACAAGAGUGCUGCUGAAAAGAAAGGCAGACGGGUCAAGAAAGGGGCGAAGAGAACCUCACACCAAGAAGAUAAGGAACUCGUUUUCGAUGAGGUGAAAAUGGAAGAAGAAGAAACUGAGUGGGUCGAACGGAAAACACCCAAGAGGACCAAGGAUUCACGGAAACUGAAGCGAAGGUCUCACAGUCCAGACCUGGCUCCGCAUGGUGAAGACUCCAAACACCGGGAGGAGAGGGACAAAUCUUCAUCAAAGAGGAAGAAACAGAAAAAUGGUUCACACCACCAUGAAAAGGGAAAAUCAAAGAAGAAAAAGAAGAAAUCAAAGUCAGAAGAAGAAAGAAGAAAGAAGAAAAAGAAGAAAAAGAGUCCAGUAGCUCGGAGUGAUGACUCAAAUGGGAACAGCGAGCCAGAAGAGGGCGAGAUCACUGAGUCAGAGAGAGAGGAGUGGGAUUCCACAUCCUCAUUCUCAUCCUCUUCUGUCUCCCCCUCCAAUGAGAGCCCAGAGUCAGAGAUGGAAACUCAGAGUCAGGAAGCUAAAGACAUUUGGCCUCCCUGUGUUAGAGUGACUGUGGUCAGAUCUCCAGUGUUGCAGGUGGGCACUCUGUUCAUCAUCACAGCCGACUCUGCAGCCACCAUUGGCAGAGAGAAAGACAUGGACCAUGCAAUCAGAAUACCAGAAAUGGGAGUCAGCAAGUUCCAUGCGGAGGUGUACUUUGACCAGGAGCAGCAGAGCUACAUGCUAGUGGACCAGGGAAGCCAGAAUGGAACAGUCAUCAACGGCAACAGAAUCUUACAGCCCAAAACCAAGUGUGAGCCACAUGCACUGAUGCACGGUGAUGAGGUGAAGAUGGGAGAGACUGUGCUGUCAUUCCACAUCCACUCAGGGACCGAUACCUGUGAUGGCUGUGAGCCUGGUCAGGUGAUGGCUCACCUCAGCAAACACAGGAGAGGAGAGGAGAGUGCAGGCCCUGCUCUCACCAAAGAGGAUAAAGAAGCACUAAGACAGAAGGAACUGAAGCAGAUGAAGGCCAAAUACGGCCUGCAGAGUAGUGAAUAUGAAGAGGCUAAAACUCUGAGGAACGCCAAAUACAAGGACCGAGCAGAGUCUCGACGACAGAAUGUGGGCAGUGAGGGUGUUUUCCAAAGAAAUGACGCCCCUGCUUCCGUUCAUGUAGAGAUCAGUGAAGUCAAUAAAGGGCGGAAGAUGUUGGAAAAGAUGGGCUGGAAGAAAGGAGAAGGACUGGGUAAAGAGGGAACUGGAAUGAAAAACCCGAUUGAACUUAAAAUAAGAAAGUCCCAGUCAGGUCUAGGGGCCGGUGGCGCCAUGUCUCUAGAUGAUGUCUCUCUGACCAAAUCAAAAUCGCAGAAGAACUGGGAGAAAGCACGAGAGAGGUUCGCUGACACCUGCCAGUCUGAUAUGCUGCCGCCCAAAACACAGAAGAACAAAUCACCCAAAUCCUGGGUAAGAGGAGAAGAACAACCUGAGGCCACAGACACUCCCACAGGUUGUGAUACAGAUGGCCAAAGCUAGGAUAUGGCACAAGUGUGUAUGUUUACAGUGGAUUUAUCAGCCGAGUGGGGAAAUUUGAUGCAUAACAGCAAUUGUGAUAUUUGUAAAUUGAAGUAAAGAUAGUAAAUUGUGUAAUUUCACUUUGUUUUAGUCAAUGAAUGACAAUGAAAUGUUGCUCUGAGAAUCUGACAGCAACGCACUGUCUUAUCAACAAGUUGUCCUGUGCUGUGCAUAAACAUAUGUCCUCGAUUGGUAAGAGUCACUCUCAGUGGUUGCAGGAUGUGGUUCUUCCUCUCCUCAAUAAGCAAACUGUGGAACGUUUACAGUCUAAAACACUCAGAGGAAGAGUGACAGACAAACAUUCACUGUCCAACAUGCCUGCAGUCCACCCCACAGAGGGCAGAGCUGCCACUGUGCCUUUUAAAAACCAAACGGACAUCAAUCGCCUCAAGCAAAUAUUGACACAGUGAUAUAUCUCUCACAGUGAGAUCAUACUGUAUAUUGUGUUUAGACAGUAAUGUAACUUAUCAUCUUAAACCAGUCACAACUGUUGGGGUAUAAUGAUGUUCCAACCCCAUUUUUUUCAUGUUGUACAUUAAAUUUCAGU